GCAGCGGGCCGCGGGAAGAGGCGGGAGCUCGGCUGCCGCGGAGCAGCAGGACGGAGCCCGGGGCCGCAGCCCCACCAAGCUUCUGUCCCGCAGGGGAGCCGGGCCGGGGCCCCUCCCAGCUCCAUUUUUGCGCUUGGGGCGGCCCUGAUUAGGGUGUGCCCGGGCACACCCCCCACACCCGCCUAUGGAGGUGACCUACGGCUUGGGGAGCCUGCCAUGAAGGUGCCAGUCAGCGUGAUCCGCCUGCCCCGUGGGCCGGAUGGCACAAGCCGCGGCUUUGACCCCAACUCCCCUCGGUACCAGGCUCUGAGCCCCAUCAGCAUCUCCCCUGUGGGCUGUGGGAACGAGGCGGAUCUGGAGCGGGAGCAGCAGGGACGCGUGGCUCUGCGGGAACGGUACCUGCGCAGCCUGUUUGCCAUGGUUGGCCGCACCAUCCACUUCACAAUGUACGAGAGAGUCAAUGUCUCGGCCUUCUUCGACGCCUCAGACAUCGACAUCUUGAACUUCCAGGUGUCCGACCUGCAGACCCCGCUGGGUGUGCACAGGGAGGCGCUGCUCCGCUGCUCGGACAUCAUCUCCUACACCUUCGAGCUGUGACUGCCACAGGCACCCUGCCCCCCACCUGUCCUGCUGUCUAAUAAAAACACACUUGGGUA